GAGGAGUCCCAGCGUAAUAAGGUCCCAGACAAGUGUCCCCGGCCCCGAGUGAGACCCUGUAGCCCGUUCUCUGUGCCAGUGGCCUGUGCCCGGGCUUGGCCGGCUAGGGCAGGGGAAAUGUUGCAGGAGGAGUCGGAUCUGUCCCUCAUUAUUGCCCAGAUAGUCCAAAAGCUUAAGGGCUCCAAUCUGUACGCUCAGCUGGAACGGCAGGCCUGGGCCAGCCUUCAGAGACCUGAGAUUAAACUUGAAUCAUUAAAAGAAGACAUUAAGGAAUUCUUUAAAGUAUCAGGUUGGGAGAAGAAACUUCAGAAUGCUGUUUAUAGUGAACUGAAUGUGUAUCCUUUACCUAGUCAUCCUGCUGCACCUCCCGAACAUCUCAAAGAGCCUUUGGUAUACAUGAGGAAAGCCCAGGGAAGUUGGGAAAAAAGAAUUUUGAAGAGUUUAAAUAGUAUGUGCACUGAACUGAGUAUCCCAUUGGCACGAAAGAGACCAGUUGGAGAACAAAAAGAACUUCUAAAUAAAUGGAAUGAGAUGGGAACUGAUGAACCAGAUUUAAGCCUUUUCCGACCUGUUUACGCACCUAAGGAUUUUCUUGAGGAGAUAUCCUGCAAUGUUAUUCUUCCAUCUUCUUCAAAAUCUUGUCAACUUCUGUUUUUAAAAGCGUUGGAGUUCAUUCUAAAAAUUUCCCUGGUAUUAAUUAAUCUUCGCAACCCAAAUUAUGAAAAUGGUGAUUCUCUUAGUUUCAGGACUCACUUGGGUUUAAUCCAAGUUCCUCUGAAAGUAAAAGAUAUUCCUGAAUUGAAAGAAUGCUUUGCAGAACUUGGCUUAAAUACAGGACAACUGGGCAUAGAUGAUUCUACACAAGUGCCUCCUGAACUUUUUGAAAAUGAACAUGUGCGUAUUGGGCAAAAAGUUCUAGCAGAACAAGAUAGUGCUGCUGCUCAACAGUAUAUCAGACAAGGAAGUCCCACAGCACUAAGAGCUGAAUUGUGGGCUCUCAUUUUGAAUAUUUCCAGUCAACCUGAGGACAUCUUGUAUUAUGAGCAGCUUAAGAUGAAUGUGAUACAACAUGACCUUUUGGUGGACAGUCUAAUAUAUAAAGAUGUGAAGUUGACAGCAAGCAAUGAUGAUUAUUAUUUUGUAUUUGAAGAUUAUUUAUAUCAGGUAUUACUUUGUUUUUCCCGGGAUACGUCUGUAUUGGGUCACUUUGCAUACAACAGUGCUUCACCACCGAAAUCAUACAUAAGAGGAAAACUAGGAUUAGAAGAAUAUGCCGUCUUUUAUCCACCAAAUGGUGUCAUCCCUUUUCAUGGAUUUUCCAUGUAUGUUGCACCACUUUGUUUUCUGUAUCAUGAACCUUACAAAUUGUAUCAGAUAUUCCGUGAGAUGUAUGUACGUUUUUUCUUCAGACUCCAUUCCAUCUCUUCUCAUCCUUCUGGUAUUGUGUCACUCUGUUUGCUAUUUGAAACCCUUCUUCAAACAUAUCUCCCUCAACUCUUCUAUCAUCUUCGAGAAAUUGGAGCUCAACCACUUCGCAUAUCAUUUAAAUGGAUGGUUCGAGCUUUCUCUGGAUACUUAGCUACAGAUCAGCUUUUGCUUUUGUGGGAUAGAAUCCUAGGCUAUAACUCUCUGGAAAUUCUUGCUGUCCUGGCAGCUGCCGUGUUUGCUUUCCGAGCAGUGAACCUGAUGGAGGUGACAUCACUGGCUGCAGCUGAAGCAGUUCUUGCUGAUCUUUCUACUUUAAAAGUUAUGCCUCUUCUUCAAAUUUUCCUGUUUGCUACUGUCACUUGAUUUCUUCAAGGUUGUUGACAAGACAUAUAGUUUUUCAUUAGAAACUAAUCAUGAACUAUGCAAAUUAUGCAUAAAACCAAAAUUAAACUUUGCAUAUAAGCCAAUAAAGAUCAUGUUUCCUCCUCAGUUAAAGCUAAGUAGUUUUUCACUUUUUGAAACAAUAACUUUGCACACCAAAUAUUGCAUUGCAUGCAGCUGAUUUUCAAAAGAGAAGCAAUAGACAUAACUUUUGCUAAAUUGAGCUUACUAUAUGUGUAAUCCUGACUUGUUAAAGGCAUGUAAGAAUAUAUGCAAUAAGAACUAAAGAUACUGUAAUAAACUUCAAGAGGUCAUGUAGCUUCUUGGACAAUUCUUUUAUGUCAGUUUAUAAACUUAUCCCUAGAUAAUGUAUUAUAAAUGUCUUACAAAUUGCUCUUCACCCAGAUCCAGCAGGGGAGAUAUGGUGUGAGAAGGCUUGAAAAAGAUAAGGCUUUUAAGUAGGAAUCCAAACGUAUUUUGGUAUUAGCAACUUCUCACUCACUAGGGAUUUUCUACCCUCUACAUUUUAUUUCUCGCUUAAACAUCUCUACUGGGAAAAGUUUAAUACCAUUUUCUCCAUCUGGCAAUAUUUUAUUCUUUACUCUCUGAAAGUCAGAAUAUUAUACAGGUUUCCCUCUGCACUUCUCAACCUUCCAUCUUUGUUUAGAAGCCUGGACACUGCUGAGGCCUAUUGUCAGGUUCUUUUUUUCUAGAAGAAUACAAAGGAGACACUCCAGGGAAUGAAGGAAAUCAACCAAAAUCAUAUCUGUUGCUGCUGGAGCUUGAGUUAACAAGAUCCACUUCUAGGCCGAGCCGCUGAGAUAACACCACGUGUAGGUAGUAGGCAUUCAAUCCAGAACUGAAGACAAGUCAUUGUGUCGUAUUUUGGUUUUUACUAUAAGUCAAGGGUCUUAUUUUAUAUUACUUUCUAAAGACUUACUUUUUCAGUAAUAUGGAAUAAUAAUAUGUGAAAAAAAUCCAAAAACCAUUGUCUUUUGACUGUAGAUUCAAAGUCAAGAGGCUGAUCACUUCAGUAAAAGUUUAAAUCAAUAGAUUAAGACUCUUAUUGACUAAGAUUCUAUUAAACUUUAUCUAAAUUUAUUUCAUGAAUAUUUUAUUUUGACAGUAUAUGUUAGGAAAUGUAUGAAAAUUAGCACAAAACUUCAAAGGUGGUGAAGUUUAGUGUAACUAAUUUAUUGAUUUGAAAAUCUAUUUAUGUACAUUUAUUCAUCAGGUAUUUGUUGACUUACUAAGGAGUAAAUAUUGUGAUUGAUUUUGUUUUUUCCAUGCUGACAAUCAAACCUGAUUGAUUCUUUAAAAAUCCCAUUUUACUACUUUUGAAGAUGACACAUUUAUAAUAUGCUUUGCCGUUGAACAUGUGCAAAUGCACAUACAUGAAAAGGAUAAGUACACAUCUAUGACUAUUGUCACUCACCUUCCCUCAUUCUGAGAAAAAUGGCAAGAAUACUGGGAAGGAAGUUUGGUUUAAAUGAUCACUGUCAAAUGUGUACAGAUAAUACCAUAUUUGGCUUCCUUCUUUAGAAUAUUCAGAAGAUUUUUUAAAGGAGACAAUAUAGUCUAGUCCAGAAUAUUGGGGAAUUUGUCCUUAGCUAUAAGUACCUAAAUAAUUAAAUCUCUAUUAACUGUAAUUCAGGGUGGGAGAGUAAUAGGCAGUAGAAAAAUUUUAUAUCUGUUCUGUUUAUAAGAUUAUAUAAGAACAAAUGAAGAAGUAUAUUUGAAAGUGAUUUUUUAAACUACAAAGCACCAAGCAAAUAUAAGAUAUGGUUGAUAACUAAUUUCAUAUGUGACAUUUUUGAAUCAAAUAGUACAGAUAAUAUACAAAGAAUGCCCAAUUAUUUUAACAUUUAUAUUAUUUUUCUUGAUAAUUUGAGACUGUGUCGGUAAGAAAAUAAGUAGACUGUGAUGUAGCAGAGUCUUUCUUUUGGUACAGGUGGCUCUAGGCAGUAAUUCUGAAUCUUAAUCCCAAAACCAAACCUGCUAGGCAACCACAUUUUACUGCUACCGCAAAUCUCUCUGCUGCUCUUUGCUACUUAUUAGAAUACUUGAUGGAGAAAUCAGGCUCUUCCUCACUCCAUCUCUAACUGCACGUUCUCACACUACCUCGCUUGGCUUCCUUCCAUUUACAUUCUCCUGUGUCAUCUCCUAUCUGCCACUGACACGUCUGCACUGCCAGUGAUCCCAGGAUCUGAGUGACCAGUGGUAACUAUUCUACCUGUGGCCAUUGUCACUGAUGAUGAAAUAGCAUGGGCGAAUUAUGUUUGACUCUGCUAGAUUUUAACUGACUCACUAAUGUAAUGUGCUUUGACCUUAUAUUUGGAAGAAUUUAUUUAAUAAUCUUUUUUUCAAAACGUGUGGUAAUGGAGUGUUCUGCAUAAUUGAAAUUUCCAGCUUGUCUUAACUGCAUAGCACCUCAUCACACUCAGCAUGCACUCUGUCCUGUUUCCCAAGGAAACUAGAAACCAUUAGGCCUGAGCUUCCUCAGCCUUCUACUUCAAAACUUAACUCUGUUCCCCAGACUUAAUUUCUAACUUCUUAAGAAGUAUCUAAUCUAGUCCUAUAGUUCUGUAAAUGCAGAUUUGAUUGGGUCAUUUCUAUGUCUAAAAAAAUUUCACCAACUCCUCAUUGCUUAAAGGGUAAGUCCAGAUUCUGUAGCAUAACAGGAAUAAUUCUUCACAGCUGGAUCUUUCCAUUACUAUGCUCCCACACUGAUCAGUUAUCCUAAACUUUAGCAUCACCAGAUUGCAUGCUGGUCCUAGACCAGCUGCAGCUUUUCAUUUUGUCUCUGCCAGAAGGAUCCUCUCCAUUUUUUAAGAUACCCCUCAAAAACUCUCCUCUGUUGUAAAGAUAUCCUGGAGCUUAUAAAUUAGAAUUAUUCCCCCUUCUUUGUUCUCAUAAAACUGUUCAUCUGCUUAUA